ACCGCUUCCAAUUUCUGCCCCUCAUACCAGACAGCUCACUGAGCCCACCCCUUCUAUAAGCAAUCUCAGACCUGAUAGCGGACCAUCAGCAACCUGAACUCUGUCACUUCAGCGUCUCUGCGCGGGACAUGUCUGCUUUCAGGAUGUUUUGCGGGUGAAGCGCGUGCUUAGUGGAGCAGCUCGAGCGCGCUUCUGACACAUCACCGCUUCUUCUUCUUCUUCUUCUUCUUCUUGAUCUUUUUGUUCAACUGAAAGCGAGCGUGUGAACGAAUGAGCACACCAAUCCGGAGUUAGUAAUAUGAACUUUCUGCCAAGUGGAAUAUGCUUAUAUUUAUCUGUGGCAACCUGCUGGUUCACAUCAAGGGUCGACUCAUCCUGGUGGUACAUGGGAACGCUGGGCUCGCAGGUGAUGUGCGACAACAUCCCGGGUCUGGUGAGUAAACAGCGCCAGAUGUGCAGACAGCAGCCCGGGGUCAUGCAGGCGAUCAGCGGUGGAGUCAACGAGUGGAUCAGCGAGUGCCAGCACCAGUUCCGCCACCACCGCUGGAACUGCAACACUGUGGCCAGAGACCAUAGUGUAUUCGGAAAACUCCUGCACCGCAGCAGUCGUGAGGCUGCCUUUGUGUAUGCCAUCUCCUCAGCAGGCAUGGUUCACACACUGACCAGAGCCUGCAGUCAGGGCGAACUGGACUCUUGCUCCUGCGACCCGGGAAAAAAGGGCUCAUCACAUGAUACCAAAGGGUCCUUUGAUUGGGGUGGCUGUAGUGACCAUGUUGACCAUGCCAUCAAGUUCACCCAGGCGUUUGUUGAUGCCAAGGAGAAGAAGGAGAGAGAUGCACGAGCACUCAUGAACCUGCACAACAAUCGUGCAGGAAGGAGGGCAGUGAAACGUUUCAUGACUCUGGAAUGUAAAUGCCAUGGUGUGAGUGGGUCCUGCAACAUUCGGACAUGCUGGCUGGCCAUGGGCGACUUCAGACAGACAGGUGACUACCUGCUCAAGAAGUACAACAGCGCCACCCAGGUGGUGAUGAACCGCUAUGGGACGGGCUUCACCGUCACCCACAGGAAGCUCAGGAAGCCCACGAAGAAUGAUCUGGUCUACUUUGAGGACUCACCUGACUACUGUAUAUGGGACCAUGAAUCUGGGUCAGUGGGCACAGGUGGGCGCGUGUGCAACCGGACUUCACAUGGAGCCGACAGCUGUGAGGUCAUGUGUUGUGGGCGGGGCUAUGACACUUCCCGUGUGAGCCGCACCACCAAGUGCGAGUGCAAGUUCCAAUGGUGCUGCGCUGUCCACUGCAGAGACUGCCACGAAGAGGUGGACGUCCACACAUGCAAAGCCCAAUCAUGACCACUGUCAACCAGAGUCAUGAGAGACAUAUGCUGGUAUUCACAAAGCAUCUCUUUGUAGCAUGGGACUGAUCCAGGAUCAGGUUGUGUCACUAGCAUUAUUGUUCAUAAGGGCUAUCCCAGUGCAGGUGAAGAACUGCACCCUAAUUCAGCACACACACACACACUAAUAUACUUUAUAAAUCUUAGCCAUGUCAAUUAAGGCUUUUGGGUCUAAUAUUAGAAGCAAUCUUUAGAAACUAGGACAAAAUAAAGGAGCUGAAGGCUUCAAUAUAUUGGCUAAAGUAAUAGCCGACAAGAACUGACUCAAAAAGACGACAUACUCUAUCUGUAUGUAAACUGGGUUUAAAGUCUUAGAAAUCCUAGUCUUUUUUUAAACAUCUCUUUGUUGUUCCUUUUAACGUAAUACAAGUAUUUAUUAAGUGCUGUAUCAAAAGUGAUUAUCUUCAGCAUUAUAAAUGUUGAUUUGUAAAUACAAGCUAUACAUUAUUUAAA